UAGGGUUGGUUUUGAUUUGGUUUUGAUUCUUCAUUGCAAAAUGCCAACAAACUUUCUCCAGCUAAAAGCUCAUAAAGACUAUGUUUUAUCUCUAUACAAAUGUCUAUUAAAACACUCAAUUCACCUAAAUCAGCUUCCUGUGCCUGAUUCCAUGAAACUUCCUCAGAGAAAUCAUGAAAUUAAUCAAUUAAAUAUUUUAUCUAAAAACUACUAUUCUCUAAUUAAAAAUAGAUUUCACAUAUAUUCUCGCAUUAAUUCCUCAAAAAGAACAAGAAACUAUCUACUUAUUGCCAAUAAUCUAGAAGUCUUUUUAAGAAGCUUAUAUUCUUCAAACCAUACUGAUUCUGAUUCUGAUUCUUCAAACAUUUCUUUAUCUCAUCAUUUGGGUAAACAACUAACUUCUACAAAAUCCAUCUUAACAAGUUUGUUAAAUCAAAAUCAAACCCGAAAUAAUCAAAGCAUUAAAAAUGAUCACUUUCUGGUUCCCACAAUUACUUCUAAUAACAUACCUUUAUCAGAUAAAUUACUACCUUUAAAUCAUCAUCCUCAAAAAUCAAAAACUCAAAAAUUGCUUCAAAUUAAAAAUAGUAAACACUUACAACUAGUAAGAUCUCAUAUCAAACGCUUAAUCUUUAAAAAAAAAUUACCUCAAAAUUUUACGGUUCCAACAACUUUAAAUCAAUUAAAUUCCUUAUUAAAUAAUGAACUAAAUCAAUCUUCUUCUUCUCCUCCUAAACCAAUCUACAAUUUUCUAGUUAAAAGUGCCUACUAUCAUUUAGCUAUAAAGGAAUUGGGCAAAAUUCAAAAAUCAAUCUUAUCUGGCCCAAAACCACUUAAAACUUACUACGUUAAAAUCGAUGCCAAAAGACAUUUUAAAUUUCUCAGAUUCCCCUGGAGGAGAAAUCUCAUUGCUUCAAAUCUUAUAAACAUGAUCAAAAAGAAACACCAAAUUAUAAUGAACAACAUUAAACUAGUCGAGGACUAUCCAUUCCAUCAAUAUGCUAUAGACGAAGCUAAAUGGGAAUAUUUGUUAUUUUUAUCCAAAUCUCAUCAAAAAACCAACCCACAAUUCAGAAACCAAUAUUCUUACAUCAAUAGCUGGACCCAAUACUCAAAAGAUGCUUCAGACUUUCUCUUAAUUAAAUUAGAUAACUUUAUAUCUCAAAGAAAUCAAUAUUUCAAUGACCAUCUCAUAACAGAUUAUAAAUCUAAACUAAAUCGUACCCUUCUUCGAAAAUAUAACAAUAGAAUCAAAAGAUUCAAAAAAAUGAAAUUAUUUAUUAAAAACAACAAAAUAGGUUUAGAUUCAAAUCCCAAUUUACUACAAACUUUAAAAUUAUUCAAAUUUUAUAAAGAUUGAUUUAAUC